AUGCGGUUAAUCAGGGUGAGCAGAGCGAGCCCUAACACUAUCCUACAAUCUAUGCAUUUUGGUGCAUAUGCCAUAACCGAGGUAGAUCUCUGGGAUCCAACAGAUUAUCGGGUACACGAUAGAGCAGCUGAAAUAGCUAAAUUUAUUGAUCUGGUUCAAAAGACUGAUAAUUUUGAAGUUAAGUAUCCCAUUAAAGCAAAUGAUGGCGGUGAUGAAAAUAAAGAUGCGGCUAAUUUCGAUGUUUUUAACACUUUGAGACUACUUAAAAAGAACUACGAUAUCAGCAGAAAAUUUAACGAUUACGGUGGUCCUCAUGAACUGCAUAUUAGUAACCCUGAAGUUUUAAAUGCUUACAAAGAAGGAAAUAUCCCCGAACCACGUUCUGAAGUGUAUGAUGAUCUCACCGAUCAGACUUUUGACCUAAAAGCGUAUCGGCAUGAUCUGGAACGUACUGGCAAAAUUACAAUGCAUGAAUUGCCAAGAUCGCAAAGAAAAUACAACAGAAACAGAGCAGAAAUGAAUUUAGAAAUGGAUUACAGCGAUAGUUCUGAUGAAACCGAUACUUCAGAAGAGGAUGAUGUUAGUGAAGAAGUAGAGAAAGACGACGAAAAGAGAAAUAGCGAAGAACAUCACAAGACUUUAGUGGAAAUUAAAGACCUUAAAUUGAGCUUAAUGCAAAUAUUAGAUUUACUUAAACCUGUUGUAGGACAGACGCAGACGGAUACAGUAGAUGGUGGUCAAGAAACAGAUACCGAAUUCAAAAAUCAAGUGAAUAAGCAUGUUUUAGGAGAAAAUCCUUUACCUAAACCGGAGAAUACAAGUAAAAAACCACCAAUUAACCAUAUAGAUACAAAAUUAUUUCAAACAUAUUCUAAAAUCGAAAAACUUGAAAAACAGCUCAGUAAAUUGAUUUUAUCAAGUAAUGAAAAUGAACAAACUGACAACCCGAUAGAAGGUAAACUGUAUAAUACUAAUGAAAAUAAUAGUAAAACAGAUAUAGACGAAAAAAGGAAAUUAGAUGACAAAACAGACAAUGAUCAGCAUAAAAAAAAUGCUAGGCCAAGUAAAACCGAUUACCUAUUAUUUAAAAACGAAGAUGACAGAGAAGAAACAAUGGAAGAAAGCAGUGAGUUUGAGAAGAAAAAUGAUUCAAAUAAAAAAGGUAGAUGGAACAAAGAGGUUAAAAGUUGGGAAAAUGAAAAAGACAGCCUUAGAAAAAUAGAUGAAAAUAAAAAAGAUAUCAGGUGGAACAGCAGAGCUAAUAGUUAUGGACACGAAAAGGAUGACAACGAUAACAUGAGCAAAAAAGACGAAAAUUUCAAUAAUAAAAAAGUAAGAUGGAACGAUAAAGAUAACAAUUUGAAUAAAAAAGAUGAUUAUGAUAAAACGAUCUACGAUUGGCAUGAAAAACGGGAUACGAGGAAUAAAAAAAAUUAUUCUAAUAAAAGUGAUGAGAGAUGGGGCAAAACAGAUAAUUUUAAUAAAAAAUAUGAAAACUGGAAAGAAACAGACGCUCCUAAUAAAAGAGACAGUAAUCGGAAUAAGAAAGCUGAUAGCUGGAAUGAUCAAAAUGAUAGGUUAAAUAAACAAGAUGACAACUGGAAGAAGAAAGAUAACAACUGGAAUGAAAAAGAAGAUAGCAGAGGUAAUAAUGAUGACAACAUGCAAGAGAAAAAUGAAUGGUAUAAGAAACACCACAGUGAAAAUAAAAGAGAGGGUAGCUCGAAUAAAAAAGAUAACAGCUGGAAUAAGAAAGACGACAGAAAUGAAAGUUGGAAUAAAAAAGAUAACAACUGGAAUAAGAAAGAUGACAGAGAUGACAGUUGGAAUAUGAAAGACGUCAGUAAUAAUAAAGAUGAUGACAGUUGGAGUAAAAAAGAUAACAGCUGGAAUAAGAAAGAUGACAGAGGUGGCAGUUGGAACAAGAAAUUCAACAGUAAGAAUAAAGACGAUGACGAUUGGAGUAAAAAAGAUAACAGCUUUAAUAAAAAAGAUGACAGAGACGACAGUUGGAGUAAGAAAGACGGCAGUAAGAAUAAAGACGAUGACAGUUGGAGUAAAAAAGAUAACAACUAUAAUAAAAAAGAUGAUGGUUGGAACAAGAAAACUGACAGCUGGAAGAAGAAAGAAGAGAGCUGGAAUAGGAAAGAACAUAACUGGACUAAACGGGAUAAACAUGCAUAUAAUGAUAGAGAACACAACGAUUGGAAUGUAAAAGACGACAAUUUCGAAUCAAAAAGAUAUAAAAAGAAAACUGAUUGGGAUGAAAAAGAGAACAAAGAGAAUUUGAAAACAGAAAUUCUAAAUAAAAAAAGUACAUGGGAUAGUGUCGAAAGAAAUGAAAAAGUAGAAUGGGGCAACUAUGCAUUGUUCAAACACUUAAAAGAUAAGAAGAACAGUAACGAGAAAUAUUAUAAAGAACAAGAGAACAGAAAAGCACCAAUAGUAGAUAUGAAACCAUCAAGAUAUAACUCCAGGGAGCAUUUUGCUCCAAGAAGAGACCAGAGUUAUAGGAAACCAAAAAAUCUAGGAUUUUUAUCUGCGAGAACACCCAUCCCUUUUGUUGGAAGGAGGCCGGUAUUCGACUAA